AUGCUUUUUCCGGACUGUGUUGUAAUUAACCAUUUCUCGUUGGUCCGUCCUGGUGUUCCAGGCGCACUGGAAUGAACGCAGACCCCUCUCUCCUCCGGACCGGGGCCAGGAGGAGGGGUGGGGCGGGGCCUCUGACGCGGGCCCCGCCCCACCGUAGCAACGCCGCGGUCCUCAGGGUCUCCAGCGCUCAGUCCGCGCCGCAGGUGGUGCUUGUCUGCAGAGUCAUGACGUCUUUCCGCUUGGCCCUCAUCCAGCUUCAGAUUUCUUCCAUCAAAUCAGAUAACGUCACUCGCGCUUGUAGCUUCAUCCGGGAGGCAGCAACGCAAGGAGCCAAAAUAGUUUCUUUGCCGGAAUGCUUUAAUUCUCCAUAUGGAACGAAAUAUUUUCCUGAAUAUGCAGAGAAAAUUCCUGGUGAAUCCACACAGAAGCUUUCUGAAGUAGCAAAGGAAUGCAGCAUAUAUCUCAUUGGAGGCUCUAUCCCUGAAGAGGAUGCUGGGAAAUUAUAUAACACCUGUGCUGUGUUUGGGCCUGAUGGAACUUUACUAGCAAAGUAUAGAAAGAUCCAUCUGUUUGACAUUGAUGUUCCUGGAAAAAUUACAUUUCAAGAAUCUAAAACAUUGAGUCCGGGUGAUAGUUUCUCCACAUUUGAUACUCCUUACUGCAGAGUGGGUCUGGGCAUCUGCUACGACAUGCGGUUUGCAGAGCUUGCACAAAUCUACGCACAGAGAGGCUGCCAGCUGUUGGUAUAUCCAGGAGCUUUUAAUCUGACCACUGGACCAGCCCAUUGGGAGUUACUUCAGCGAAGCCGGGCUGUUGAUAAUCAGGUGUAUGUGGCCACAGCCUCUCCUGCCCGGGAUGACAAAGCCUCCUAUGUUGCCUGGGGACACAGCACCGUGGUGAACCCUUGGGGGGAGGUUCUAGCCAAAGCUGGCACAGAAGAAGCAAUCGUGUAUUCAGACAUAGACCUGAAGAAGCUGGCUGAAAUACGCCAGCAAAUCCCCGUUUUUAGACAGAAGCGAUCAGACCUCUAUGCCGUGGAGAUGAAAAAGCCCUAAAGUUUAUGUUUCUAAUGUGUCACAGAAUAGGACGAUAUGAUUCUACAACAUAAUCAACUCCCUAUUAAAUUCUUUAAUGAAGAUUUUUUUUUAAAUUCGGCCUUGUCCUUCCUAGGUUCUCUAUUGAGAUGAGAAAGCCUCAUUAUGCUGACAUUUUCCACGCCACAUUAAAUAGUUAAAAAGGAUGCAGCCUGGAGCCAGAGAGCAGAAAGCUGGGCUGGUUCUGAAGCUUCUUCCAUACUUAAGUUGCCUCCAAGCAGUUUGUGAAAGUAACAGAUCUUGGUAUCCUGGUGAUUGAUUCACCUAAUAUAAAUAUAUUUGUGUCAUGAACCUCUUAUCCCAUUGCUGGAGUUGGAAUCUCCAUCAUCUAGAAAACGUGGUCUGGUGCUAUUCUUUUCCAAGCAGUACCUUGAAGUUCCAUUUUUGGUUCACGAGUAGCUAUAGAAGGCAAGGUGGUACAUCUUUGGUGUUUGCCAGAGAAGUUGGCAGCCUCACCCCUCCUACCAGCCUUCGCACUCUUCAAAUUUAAAAAGGAGCUACUUAUCAACCCCAGGCUUUUCUGGUCUUAGAGGAAGGACUGGGCCAACAAAGAGCCCCAUGGGAGAAUGGCAGUGGUGGCAUUUAGUGAAGACAAUUUAGUAUGAAUCUCUGCAAAAGAUUUUUUUGAUAGCGUUGAGUGUCUGAAAGUCCCAUUAUUUUUCUUUUUUCUUUUUCCCCAGUAACACUUUCUAGCUCCACGGAUAAGGAAUCACUGAACCUAGUAGUUCUUAGACAGCUUGGUUUGAGAAUCCUUUUGCGGUUAAAAAUUAGGGACUGAGCCAGGCGCAGUAGCAUGCGCCUGUAGUCCUAGCUACAUUGGAGGCUGAGGUAGGAGGAUCCCUUGAGUCCACAAGUUUGAGUUCAGCCAGAGACCCUAUCUCACUAUAUAUAUGUAUCUCAAAGACUUCAAUGGGUUUUUGCUUACAUGGGCCAGUAAUUGUUGAACAACCAGCUAUUUGAGAAAAAGCCCUGAUUUUGCUGCUUUUCAUGGUGUAAAUACUUAACCGUGGCUGAGUUCGAGCUAUCUGCAUGACACCUCUAAACACAGAGUUGGGAAUAGAUGUGCACAAUCAGCUCUGGGGAGCUGGUGCAAUCCUGCCCUAGCACACCACUGGUUUAAGAUAGAUAUAUCAUAUAGAUAUUUACCAUUUACCAUAUUGGAAAGUAAAAUGGAGAAAAAUUUAAAACACAAGAUACAUGAGCACACAUUCCAUUAGCGAUUAAGGUGAUGGACACCGUGUCCAAAUGACAUGGUGUCAUUUAACUUCUGGAAAACAACACUGUGUACUGAGAACAAGAGAAAGACAAAUGACUUUUUUAAAUUAAGUUUUUAAUUUACAAUUGAUGCAUAAUUUUACUUUAAAAAAAUAAGUGUGCAAUUUGGCAAACUUUGACAUAUACAGCUAUAAACCACUCCAAUCAAGAUAACAUAUUUACCACCCCCAACAGUUUCCAUGUGCUGUAUUAUAAUCCCUCUGGCUAGUCCUUUGUCAAUCACUGAUAAAUUUUGUUACUAUAGAUUAGCUUGCAUUUUCUAAAAUUAUAUAAAAAUGAAAUCAUGCCAUUA